AUGUCAGACUUUCCUCCUCCACCAGUCGACACCAUUGACUGGAGUAACGUGGGCUUCAAGAUCCGGGAAGUCGCUGGCCAUGUUGAAUCACACUACUCUAAGGAGACCGGAAAAUGGACCCCUCCAGUCUUCGUCGAAGAUCCAUUCCUACGAAUCCACGGUAUGGCGCCGGGCCUGAAUUACGGAAUGCAGUGCUACGAGGGCAUGAAAGCUUUCCGUGCGCCAAACAACACCAUCAACAUUUUCAGGCCCAACAAAAAUGCCGAGAGAAUGCAACACUCGGCAUCCUUCAUCUCCAUCCCGGAGGUUCCAACAGACCAUUUCCUCGCUUGCUGCAGUAUGGCCGUGGGAAUGAACGCGGCAUACGUACCGCCCCAUGAAACAGGCGCCGCAAUGUACAUCCGACCACUGCUCUUCGGUAGUUCGGCACAACUUGGCCUGAACCCACCCCAGGAGUACACCUUUGUAGUCUACUGUAUCCCGACUGGUGUUUACCAUGGCUCAAACCCAGUAGAUGCGGUUAUUCUUGAGGACUUUGACCGCGCCGCGCCAGAGGGCACUGGAUCGGCAAAGGUCGGCGGCAACUAUGCUCCAGUAUUACGGCAUAGUGAGAAGGCGUACAAGGCAGGCUAUGGCAUUACCCUGCAUUUGGACAGCAAGACUAGGAGCGUUGUUGAUGAGUUCUCGACAUCUGCCUUCAUUGGCGUAAAGAAGGACGGCGACAAGGUCAAACUCGUCGCAUCCAACAGCAAGAACGUCAUCCAGAGUGUCACAGGAGACAGUGUUCUCAGAAUCGCCGAAUCUUUUGGCUGGGAAGCUGAGUCUCGAGAGAUCGCCUAUGACGAACUCAAGUCCUUCGACGAGGUCCUUGCUGCUGGAACCGCGGCGGCUCUUGUGCCUAUCAAAUCCAUCACCCUGCCUUCCAAGGACGACAAAUUCACAUACGCAGAGGCCCAGCAAGAACCAGGCCCAGCAUGCAAGAAGCUUCUUUCGACCUUGAAGGGUAUUCAGCAAGGGAAGAUCGAGGACAAGCAGAGCUGGCUGUUCAAGGUAGAGAGGCCAGAGCAGUUCGGAAAGCAAGAUCAGGCAAAUGGUGCCAAGAUAAGUCACAUCGCAACCGGGUGCAACAUGCCUGGAUCGUUUUCGAGGAUUCGCGACAAGGCGAGGCGCCACUUGGGUGAUCCUAGUCCGGAUGAGGCCUAUCUUUCUUUGACGCGAGCCGACUUGGACAGUAUCAAGUCCAAUGACUGGCUUACGGACAAUGCAAUCGCCUUCUGGCAAGAAUACCUCGAGCGCGAAGAGCUCAACGCCUUUCCCAAGGCCUCCAUCGUCCUCCUCCGCCCCUCCAUGUCCUACAUGCUCAUGCAAAGCGCCGAACCCCUCUCCCUCAAAGAAGUCCUCCCCAACUUCAGCCACACAACCCACGUCUUCCUGCCGAUAAAUGACAACACCGAUGUCACACAAGCCGAAGGUGGCUCGCACUGGUCCCUCCUCCUCGUUUCCAUCAUCGACGGCGUGUCCUUCCACUACGACUCCAUGACCCAGUCCAACGAGCGGGAAGCGCGGAGUACAACUAUGAAGCUGGAACAACUGUUGGGCAAACGACUGCGGUUUAUCCCUAUGAAUGAUAGUCCGCAGCAAGAGAACGGCAGCGACUGCGGCGUCUUCGUUUGUGUGCUCAUGCGGCAUUUACUGCUUAAGAGGCUGCUUCGGGCCGAUGCGAGCAAGAAGGUUAGCAUGAGCAUGCGGGAUGCACACAUCAACGCGAAGGAUGGACGGAGAACUAUGCUCAAAGUCAUCGAGGAGAGGAGAGACGAGGGCAAGCGGAGACGCUCAGGAAGCCACUCGCCGUUUAGGAACCCCUCCGCCCACUCCAAGAGCCCGCCACGUAUAGGCGACGAACAGUCACAGGAGCGUUAG